AUGCGGCGAAGCCCCCGCCCGGGCUCGGCCACGUCCCCGCACAAGCACACGCCCAACUUCUACAGCGACAACAGCAACAGCUCUGUGAGCGUCACCUCAGGGGACAGCUGCGGGCACCGGUCAGCUGGGCCGGGGCCCGGGGAGCCCGAGGGCAGAAGAGCCCGGGGCUCGAGCCGCGGUGAGCCCGCCUUGAGCGUUGGAGUGCCCGGAGGAACCACAUGGGCUGGAAGCUCUCGGCGGAAGCCGGCGCCUCGGAGCCACAAUGGGCAGACCGCCUGUGGCGCGGCAACCGUGAGGGGCGGGGCCUCGGAACCGGCUGGCUGUCCCGUUGUCCCUGAGGAGCAGCUAGACCUUCUCUCGACUCUGGAUCUGAGGCAGGAGAUGCCUCCCCCGCGAGUGUCCAAGAGCUUCCUGAACCUACUCUUCCAGGUGCUGAGCGUGUUGUUAUCCCUGGUAGGAGACGUGCUGGUCAGUGUGUACAGGGAGGUGUGUUCCGUCCGCUUCCUGCUCACGGCUGUGUCGCUGCUGAGCCUCUUUCUGGCAGCACUCUGGUGGGGGCUCCUGUACCUGGCUCCUCCUUUGGAGAAUGAACCUAAGGAGAUGCUGACUCUAAGCGAAUACCAUGAGCGCGUGCGUUCCCAGGGGCAGCAGCUGCAGCAGCUCCAGGCUGAGCUGGUUAAACUCCACAAGGAGGUGUCCAGUGUUCGCGCUGCCAACAGCGAGAGAGUGGCCAAACUCGUGUUCCAGAGGCUGAGUGAGGACUUUGUGCGGAAACCCGACUAUGCGCUGAGCUCUGUGGGAGCCUCCAUCGACCUAGAGAAGACGUCCCACGACUACGAGGAUGCAAACACUGCCUACUUCUGGAAUCGCUUCAGCUUCUGGAACUACGCGCGGCCGCCCACAGUUAUUCUGGAGCCAGAUGUAUUCCCUGGGAAUUGCUGGGCUUUUGAGGGCGACCAGGGCCAGGUGGUGAUCCGGUUGCCGGGUCGUGUGCAGCUGAGCGACAUCACUCUGCAGCAUCCACCGCCCAGCGUGGCGCACACCCGGGGAGCCAACAGCGCCCCCCGUGACUUUGCAGUCUAUGGCCUCCAGGUUGAUGAUGACACUGAAGUUUUCUUGGGGAAAUUCACCUUCGAUGCGGAGAAAUCUGAGAUUCAGACUUUCCACUUACAGAAUGACCCCCCAGCUGCCUUUCCCAAGGUGAAGAUCCAGAUUCUAAGCAACUGGGGCCACCCCCGUUUCACAUGCUUGUAUCGAGUCCGAGCCCAUGGCAUUCAAACCUCAGAGGGAGCAGGGGACAGUGCCACAGGGGGGGACCAUUAA